AUGGAGUUGGAUCAUAGUGGUAUUUCAAAUGGAAAUGGGAUUUCCAAAUGGAAGGACGGCUAUGCAAUAAGCAUUGAUCCCAUCACGCUUACUGUCAACGAAUGCAUGAUAAUGGUGUCUGCAAUGAGGCGAUCCAACAGGUGGGCCUCAGGAGGUGUUUCUUCAUUGUUCAACGCAGGAGACUUUUUUGGAACUAGAGAAGAAGAUGAUACGUUUUCCGAUAGUUUGGACAUAUCGUCCAUCCUUAAUAAUCACAGCUCAAGCUAUGAAAAGAGCGUUGAAGCGAAUAGUGUUGGUGGCGGCAUGUCUAAGCAUCUGCAGGGCAACCCUUUACUUUCGUCAUUUUUGCAAUUACGUUCAAUUCUUUUGGAAGCGCAAAACAUUUAUGAUGUUGACAGCUUGACCAUACUUCAACCAUUUUUGCUAGUCAUCAAGUCCUCCUCAACAUCAGGAUUUGUCACUGGACUAGCUUUGAAUUCAAUCUCCAAAUUCAUCACCUAUGGUGUUAUAUCAGCAAAGUCAAAGAAUUUGCAAAAUUCCUUAAUUCAAAUUGUGUCGUCACUCACCCACUGCCGUUUUGAGGCUGCAGAGCAAAGCUCGGAUGAUGCUGUUUUAUUGAGAGUAUUACGUUUGUUGGAGAAGUUGAUGGAGAGUCCUCUCGCAAUUCUACUUACUGACGACAGCGUUUCUGAAAUUGUGCAGACAUCCUUGUCUUUGGCAUGUAACAAAAAGCGAAGUGAGGUGUUGAGAAGAGGUGCUGAGAUGUCCUUGGUAUCAAUAUCAGUGGUAAUAUUCAGUAGACUUAGAGACAUAGAGCCUGAUAAAGAGAUUGCCAUUGAUCUUCAAACAAACUUUUCAGAAACAAAGCUUCCUGAAGACACCAUUGGUGGCACACUAGCCGAUAACAUUCAAGCCAACGUAUCUCAAGAACAAAUUACUGUGAACAAAGAUCUUCAGGAGGAGCAAACGUUACAGAACAAGUUAGAACCCUCGUUUGGAAUCAAAUGUAUUAAUGAAUUUCUUGGGAUCUUGGUGUCCAUAAUUUCCCCAUCUAACCAAUACCAGCAUAUGGAAAGUACGAGGGUGUUUGCGUUGUCAUUAAUCAACACCGCCGUUGAGGUUGCAGGAUCGCAAAUAUCAAAGCAUUUGUCUUUGUUAACUAUGAUAGCAGAUCCGGUAUCUAAACACAUUUUGCAAAUAAUAACCACCACAGAAUCUUCGGCUUUGCUAAAACCUGCGCUUCAGUUAUUUUCCACGGUAUCCAUUGUUUUGGGAAAAGAAUUAAAACCGCAGUUUGAACUUUCGAUGAUAUUGGUUUCUCAGUCCAUUUUGCCAAGACAAAAAAAUAAUACCAAAGACCAAGCAAAGAGCGGACACCUUCAAAGCAGAUCACCAGUUGCAAAGGAGCUUCUUUUGGAGUCCUUAAGUUUGCUAUGGUCGCGAAGUCCCACGUUCUUCACCGAGCUUUUUGUCGAAUACGAUUGCAACUUUGACAAAUCUAAUCUUGCGGUGGACACUAUCAAGUUUUUGUGUCAGCUAUCUUUGCCCGAAUCAGCCCUCAAUACUACGGUGAAUGUUCCUCCUUUAUGUUUGGAAGGAGUAUUGCAUUUUUUGAAUGGGGUCAAUGAAAGAUCGAAAACUUUCCGUGCCGCUGAAGAAGAACUGUCCGUGAAUGAGUAUAUCGAGAAGCAGUUGAAGAAAAGCGCAUUCAUCAGGUGUACUGAGGUGAUUAACAAAAGCCCCAAAGAGGGAAUCAAGCUUUUGGCUAAAGAGAAUUUUAUAAGCGAUGAAAAAGAUGUUGGGGAAGUCGCUAGCUUCUUCUUUACAAAAGCAGGAAGAUUAGACAAAAAGAUGCUAGGUGAGUUUCUCGCCAAGCCUUCUAACGCGGAUCUCCUUCAGCAUUUUAUUAGAUUGUUUGAUUUUGAAGGUUUAAGAGUCGAUGAGGCGCUUAGGGUCUUGUUGAAGACUUUCAGACUCCCUGGUGAAUCACAACAAAUUGAGCGAAUCGUUGAAACAUUUGCCCAAAUUUACAUUGCGUGCCAAAAAGAUGGUCUACGCGAAAGCAAACCAGCCUCGUCACCUGACCAAGAGGGCGGGGCUGAACCGGAAGAAGAUACUUCAGAAGCAGUGAAACCUGAUAAGGAUUCCGUAUUUAUCCUAUCUUACUCCAUAAUUAUGUUGAAUACUGACUUACACAACCCACAAGUGAAGCGCCAGAUGCUCUUGGAUGAUUAUAAACGAAACUUAAGAGGCACAUAUAAUGGGAAGGAUUUCCCCGAGUGGUACCUUGCCAAAAUAUACCUGUCGAUAAAGGAUCGCGAAAUUAUCAUGCCGGAAGAGCAUCACGGUACUGAAAAGUGGUUUGAUGAUGUCUGGCAUAACCUAAUUUCGACGCAGGACUUUACACAAAUUGAGCAUGUGAAGCUCGAGAAAACUGCUACAUGCGAGUUUGAUAAGGAGUUAUUCACCUCCGUCUUCAAUGGCAUAGUCGACAUGAUUAUGACGAUCUAUAAAGAAGCAUCAGAUGACCAUGUAUUGACAAGAUUGAUGUCAUCAUUGGAUAAAAUUUUCAACAUAUGUUUAACUUAUGAUAUGGAGGAUGCAAUUGAUGACUUAACUUGCAGGCUAGUGGAGUCAAGCAACUUGGCAAAAACAACAUUGCAAAAGGUGUAUGUUGAUGACAACAUCCGACCUGAAAUCCCCAUUACUCAAAUGAAAAUCGAAGGAAGAAAGGGUGAUUUGUUUGUGAGUGACUUGUCAGUCUGGUUUGGACGCAAUUUCAAAGCGCAGUUGGCGGCGGUGAUGUUAUUUAGAUUGAUGAAGAAGACAAACUGCAAGAUAACCAAGUCAUGGAACAAGGUUAUUGAAGUUAUAGCAAACUUAUUUGAGAACUGUUUGAUUGAUCCCAAUGUGUUUGUGGAGUUUCAGAAAAAGAUUCAACUCGGGCCAUUACCAAAAGUCCCACCGGUUUAUGUGAUUAAAAAGGCGAAAGUAUUAAACAAUUCUGGCCUCUUGUCAACUUUCUCCUCGUUCCUCAAGGGGUACUCGGAUGAUCCACCGGAGCCUACUGACAUUGAAAUUGAGUCAACUAUAUCAACCAUGGACUGUUUGAAAUCAUUGAAUGUUGCCAAUAUAUUUUCAAUAAUUUCCAAAAGUGAACUGGCAAAUUUGCAAAAGUUUAUACACUUGUUACUUGCAGCACUUCCUGAACACUCCGACGAAGUCAAGAGAUCCUACGAGGCAGAGACGUUAUUCAUACUUGAGACAUGUGUUUGCUUUUGUUUGUUAUUGAAUGAUGAGCACUUACUGCUGCUUGUUUUAGGUAAACUCGACAAUCACAACUUGAGCGGUCUUGGCGAGUUGAGACUAGUUGCUUACAAGUUACUUUUGUUGAGAUAUUGUAAAGAUGAGUCGGUGUUGGUUGCUACUAUCAAACAAGCUGGCUCAGUAGAACGAGAUAUUGCAAGUAAACAUGGAACCCAGAUUGUGCUGCCUUUGAUGUCAUUGACAGAUGAAGACUCUUGGUGCUGUAAGACAUUGCUCAAAGAAGAGUCAUACUGGAACACGAUGCGAUUUUAUGGGUCUUUACAGGCUUAUGCCUUUGAUAUAAUCCCUUUUCUUGAAACGCUCAUCAAAAGUCCUCAACGAGAGAUAUCACCCGAAAAUUUUCUACCAAUAUUAGGUCUUUUGGAUGAAAUCUCUUCCUUGGGCGCGAUUGGAUCGCAAUACGAAUGCGAAAAUGCUCACUCGACCGUCAAGAAUGCUAAUGAUCUGUACUAUAGAGAGGUGGUUGCUCUUGCCAAGAAAUCAAUAGAUUUGACGUCUUCCUUGGCCGUGUUGCUGAAAGAAGACAAUUUUGAAAAGCGGGAUUUAUUCUACUCCACAGUGCAAGCAUUGGCACACCAAUGUUUUAAUCCAUGCAGAGAAGUUAGGGAAUACUCAGUCAAGGCUCUUUCUGUGACUGUUUUGUCAUUUGAGGCUGAUGAUAACGUGACAUUUAGUGGCAUUUUUGAAUUCGGUCUUUUCCCAUUACUAGCUGAAUUGACAAAACCAGAUGUGUUCCAAGGCGGUUCCAAUGGAUUUGAUAAAACAUUCAAUGAGAUAUUUCGCCUCCUAUGCAAGGUCUUUUUGAAGCAAGUGGAUAAAUCGGACGUUGACACUAUUUCAAAAGUGUGGUUGGAACUUUUGGAUUACCUUGAGAAAUUCCAUUCUAGCAAUUCAAGGUCUUUAACUCCGGAAAUUACAGAAUCGAGUUCAGAAAGCUUGAAGAACUUGUUGUUGGUUUUGCAAACGAAUGAGUUCUUAUCAGAAAGUAAUCCUGAUAUUGUACAGACGACCAAGGAAAAGGUGGAGAAAUUGUUUCCUCAUUUGAGUGAGGAAUUGAACGUACAAUCGGGUGGUAAUACUAGUCUGGAAGUAGAUGAAGAAUCUAAAUAG